CACCCACCUCUGGUCAGAACAGAAACACCCAUUUCCCUUUGAGAGGAAGAACAAUUGGACAAAAGACAAAACAGCAGAAUCAGUUCUGUCCUUUACCCACAGUCUUUAUCAAAGCAAGAUGAAAACAUUAUUUUUGUUGUUUCUUUUCUGUCAUGUUUCAUCUCCUGUGAAACACACCCUGAAGUUUUUCUUCACUGCAUCUUCUGGAGUCCCAAACUUCCCAGAGUUGGUAGCAACCAUAGUGGUUGACGAAAUCCUGGCGGGUUACUGCGAUACCAACACAAAGACAAUAAAACCUAAACAGGACUGGAUGGAAAAAGUGUUCGAGGAUGAUCCACAGCACCUGGAACACUACAAUCGACAUUGUUCUGAGAAUGACCCUGUAUUCUUCAAAACCCUGAUGGAUAGUUUGAAGCAGAGCUUCAACCAUAGUGGAGGUAUCCACAUUUUACAGAGGAUGAAUGGUUGUGAGUGGGAUGAUGAAACUGGAGAGGUUAACGUUUUUGUGCAGUAUGGUUAUGAUGGAGAUUUUUUCUUGGUUUUCGACGUGAAGACAGAGACAUGGAUCGCUUCGAAACCACAGGCUAUCACCACCAAACAGAUAUGGGAUAAAGACAAAGAUAGAAUAACAGACUUUAAGAAGUACCUCACUCAGAUUUUCCCCGGGUGGCUGAAGAAGUAUGUGGCCUAUGGCAACAGCACUCUGCUAAGAAAAGACCUUCCCUCAGUGUCUCUCCUCCAGAAGACUCCCUCCUCUCCAGUCAGCUGCCACGCUACAGGUUUCUACCCUGACAGAGCCACCAUGUUCUGGAGGAAAGAUGGAGAGGACCUUCAUGAGGACGUGGACCUCGGAGAGAUCCUCCCCAACAACGAUGGAUCCUUCCAGAUGAGUGUUGACCUGAAUCUUUCAUCAGUCACGCCUGAAGACUGGAGGAGGUAUGACUGUGUGUUUCAGCUCUCUGGUGUGAAAGACGACCUCAUCACCACACUGGACAAAGCGAAGAUCAGAACCAACUGGGGUAAGAGUGAGAUUAAUGGGGGACGAAUGGGACUGCAUAGGCCUAUCUGUUGGUUGUUGGGUAUGUUAUCAUUUGUCUUUCAAUUCGGCUGAGACAACAACUUGGUUGAGUAUUUUACUCCAAUUCAGCUGGGAAUUCAUUUUAAAUAAAACUAAUACAAACCAAUUAAAUAUUUUAAUAAAACACUGUCCUCUUCAGGAUCACUGGUCAGAUCAUCUGAGCCUAACAAAAUUAUCAGCAAAUUUACAUGUAUUAAUUGUUUUAUAUUGCCAAUGUGUGAACAGAUUGUAAUGUAACUUAAAAAAGGACACAUUUCCCGAGAUUCUCUGUAAAGGACUUGGGACGGUUUUUACAGGUAAAUCCAACUGAUGUGACAUUUACAUGCACUCCCGAGUACCUUCUUCUCUGCUCCCCUACAGCAUUAACAGUGUGUUUUAUUGUUACAAAAAAAAAAGCGAGGGAAACAGAAAUACAGCAGAGACGAGCUGCUUGGACCACAGGGAAAAUAUAAUAGGCCUAUAUUGUUGCUUAUUAGUUCUGAUGGAUGUACUUCUAUUCUAACCUGCUCCAUCUGUUCAGUUUUAUUUGUGUUAUUUUGUUCAACAGGGAAGACCAAUGACAUGACUUUUGCCAUCACUGCUGCAGUGGUUGUUUUUGUUCUUGCUCUGAUCCUCUUCAUUGCCUCUGGAUUCAUUGCUUACAAAAUGAAGAAAGGUGAGAGAAAAAGAGGAUUAGGGUUAGAGCUGUUUUUAGUACUUUUAUUUAACAACAAUAAGCACUGUGAGGCUCAUAGACUGUGUGUCAUGAUGGUAUGACUAUACCAUAAUGAUGUGGGAGAGAAGUGUUAAAAAAAAAAAAAAGAAAGGACUAAACAGAAGGAUAGAAAGGAUUUUGUUUUGAUUUCAGCCAAAUGUCCUCCAUCUUGUAAGUACAACUUUGUUGUGCUACUUCUAUUUCAACUGAGCUGACACAAACUUUAUGCUGUCGAUAAAAGAGAUUAACUUCUUCAAGACCGAUUCUUGCAUUUACUUUUUUAUAAAGGUUCAGUGCAGGAUGAGUUUGUUUCUGACCUUACAGAUCCUCACAACAGCUCUGAGCUCUCUAACCUUUCUAAGUAACUGAAUCCAGAGACCUGACUGACAAACACAUGUCACAUUAUAUAGGUUUACAGAACUAAAAGAUGACUUCCUGUAAACAAAACUGAAGUAACUGUAUAUGAAGAUAACCGAGAAAUAACCAACUAAAAAGAUCAUUUUGUGCUUGAUAUGUAAAUGUUAAACCUAAUAGUUUAACAUUACAAAUUGAUUUUCUAAACCGGUUUAAAAAUGUCUUGGUUUUCAAGAAUCUUUUUUUAUUAUAUAUAUAUUUUAUCAUCAUUCAACAUUAAUGUAGUGAUAUGUUUUCUAUCCAAGAUUGUAAACAUGAUAAGUGUUUUUGAACAGUAUUGUUUUUGAAUUACUAAAUAAAUGACAAGUUUCUUUA